AAGUGUUUCACUCUCUCUCUUCUCUCUGCAAAAAGCCAUUGAUUCACUGAAGCUUUCUCUCUCUAGAAAACCAGAGAAAGAAGAAGAAAGAAAAAGCUGCAUUAUUCUCUAAAGCCUUUGAAUUUCACUUCUUUUUUGUCAAACCCAAACCUUUUUUAGAUCGCCUAUUCUUCACUGUUCUGCCGUUAAAUCUGAACCGUUCAUAGUCGAAUUCUCGUAAGAUCAACGUACGUAUCUGCAAGUCUGGAUCAAUUGAUUAUACAAGUUCAUUGCAUUUCGGAUCAUCCAUGUCGUCGGACAUAAGCUAGAUUUUUCCAUCUUAAUCGAGCUUCUUCUUCGUUACCAGACUUGUUCAAGGUUUUUGAGUUUAAUCUUUUCUCUUUUUUCGUAUCUGUAAUUAAUUUACAAUUGAAAAAAAAUCAGCUGAAAAAGAAAUGGACAAGUGUAGUGAAUAUAGUGGAGCUUACUGUAGUGGAAUAUUUGAGUGUUGUUUACUUGAAUUUGUUUUAUAGAUAAAAAAGAAAAAGCUUUAGGUUUUAUUUUUUAUUUUUGGGGGUUUUGGAAUUUGAUUAAGUGGGGGGUUGUGUUGUGAGUGAUGGGAAGGGAUCGUCUGUUGUUACCGACGGUGGGACCGCCAAUAAAACCGAGAGCUGGAUUACGGAGAAAGCAAGCCGGUAGAGGCUCAUAUAGGGGAAGUUAGGGUAAGGAAUUUUCUGCCGAAAAAUAUUUUAAGGUGGUAGGGGAAUUUUUAAUUUCGGGUUGUUUGGGGGGUUCUGUUUAGUGGGGAUAUCGGUGAAAAGAAUUACUUUUUGGUGGAAGAGAUAUGGGUACCGAUUUACAGCAAGUACUGAGGAGCCUCUGUUUAAAUUCAGAGUGGAAGUAUGCCGUCUUUUGGAAGCUCAAGCAUCGUGCUCGAAUGGUGUUAACUUGGGAGGACGCUUACUAUGACAAGAGUGAGGAACAUAGUCCAGCAGUGGAAAGGUUGCACGAUGACCCCCUUGGGUUAGCAGUGGCUAAGAUGUCGUAUCAUGUAUAUUCUCUUGGGGAAGGGAUUGUUGGACAAGUGGCAGUGAGUGGGAAGCAUCAGUGGAUCUUUGCAGAUAAGCAUGAAAUGUGUACAUGGUCAGCAUUUGAAUACUCCAGUGGGUGGCAAGAUCAAUUUUCUGCAGGGAUUAAGACUAUUGCUGUUGUAGCUGUUGCUCCUCUUGGAGUUGUACAGCUUGGAUCUUUGAAUAAAGUAGUUGAAGAUAUGAAGAUGAUUGCUCAUAUUAGAGAUGUCUUGAUGGCUCUUCAAGAUUCUUCAUUAGGGUGCAUUCCUAGUUCAAUGCCAUCCAGUAUGAAUAGUUCGUCAAAUUUGCCAGAUAUACCUUCAAAAGGUUUCGCUCCAGAGGCUAUUUCUGACUGCUUGCACAAUUUAGACAAAGCCUUGAACGAAGAGAGGCAAGAUAUAUGGUUUUCAAUUUUUCCGUACUUGGGGAAAGACAAUGAUAGUUCUUACGAUUGGUCACUGCUUGAUAAUCAGCAAGAAAAGACAGCUGAUAUUGUGAUUAACAACGGAGGACCUGAGUUGCCCGCAAGUGGGGCUGACAAAAAUACUAAGUUAGCUCAAUCAGAAUCGAACAUUCUAAAUCUUGAGCAUCACAAAGUAAUUGGGAUGAAUAUGAGUGAUAAGUGGAAGGGUGGAAAGGAGAUUAGCAGCUGCAAAGUUACUCAAGUGGAUUCAAUAAACAGUGUCAAUGCUAUUGUACCAGCUAAGAAGGUUGAAGUUGACUCUGUGAACUUUUCAUCUGUCCCUAUUGACUCUGCUAUUUGUGACCGAGUUAGGUUGGAUAAUGUAGAUUACUACCAAAAUGGGGUGCUGCACGUAAGUGAGCCCUCAGAUUUUAAAUUCCAGAAAGAUCUGGAAAAUCUGAAGUUUCUAACUGAGUCAAGCCAUAUGGAUACAUCUACGGCAUCUUUAGAGUUUCCUGCUGGUUACGAGCUCCAUGAGGCACUUGGACCAUCUUUUUUCAAGAAAAGCAAGUAUUUUGAUUGGGAAGCAACUAAAAGUGAAGGGAGAAUUCCCGAGAUGCCCGGGCAAACAAUCUGUAGCCAGUUAACUUCUGAUUUUCAUCCAGAACCUCUCCUAGAAGCAGUAAUAGCUAGUGUUUGUCAAAGUCAUAGUGAUGUUAGGAGUGAAAAGUCAUUUUGUAAAUCAGUGCAAUCUUUGUUGACAACCGAAAACUAUCCUGAGCCUUCAAGCCAUACAACGCUUGUUACUGAUUCAUCAAAUCAUUCCAAUGGCCCUGCAUCCCUUGUAGGAGAGGACACACCACACUGCUUGAGUUCAUCAGGGGUCUGCGGUGCAAUGUCCCCAAAAGGGUUUUCAUCAAACUGUCCAAGUUCUUGCAGCGAGCAGCUUGAAAGGUCUUCAGCACCUGCUAAGAACAACAAAAAGAGAGCUAGACCUGGUGAAAACUGUAGACCGAGGCCAAGAGAUAGACAACUGAUCCAAGACCGUAUUAAAGAACUAAGGGAGCUAAUACCAAGUGGAGCAAAGUGUAGUAUUGAUUCACUGUUGGAACGCACGAUCAAGCACAUGCUCUACCUUCAAAGUAUCGCCAAGCAUGCUGACAAGCUAAAUAAAUAUACUGAUGUGAAGUCAAGUCAUAAGGAAACGAGCAUGCUGGAAUCCUCGAGCUAUGAGCGGGGUUCGAGCUGGGCAGUGGAGGUGGGAGGCAAUCUAAAAGUUUGUUCGAUAAUAGUGGAAAAUCUGAACAAGAAUGGGCAGAUGGUUGUGGAGAUGAUGUGCGAAGAAUGCAGCCAUUUCCUCGAGAUAGCAGAAGCUAUUAAAAGCCUUGGUCUUACAAUCUUAAAAGGAGUAACAGAAGCUCAUGGUGAUAAGACAUGGAUAUGUUUUGUGGUUGAGGGACAGAGCAACAGAAGCUUACACAGAAUGGAUAUAUUAUGGUCACUUGUUCAAAUAUUGCAGCCUAAAAAUGCUACACAACAGUAGCUUGCUUGCUUGCUUGCUUCUAUAUUUCUUUUCUCUUUAUUUUUUGGUGUGUAAAGUAAAUUCUUCUCAGUUAUUUAUUUUUGCUUAUUUUGAGUGUGAAGAAAGAUGCCAUUUUGCUUGAAAUUUGAUUUGUCAUCUCAUCUUCUUUGCUUGGGAAUUGUUAUUAUUACAAAUUUAAGUCUUUUUUACUUUUCUUCUUUU